AUGAAGACAUUAUCUUAUAUAUUACUUUUGGCAAGAGCUGCUGUUUCCCAGAAUGUCAUCGAUCUAGGGAACAAAAACUGGACCUUGACAGGUCCAAACAUCACAGUCCCUGGCUCCGCACCAUCCCAGGCACACCUGGAUCUCUUUGCAGCGGGCGUGAUUGGGGAUCCACUAUAUGGAGAAAAUGAUACCGAGCUGCUCUGGGUCCAGAGAUCUAACUGGACUUACUCGACCGUGAUCUCCAACCUGGGCCAAACCGAGGAUUUUUCAACGUGGCUUAUUUUUGAUGGCCUUGACACCUUUGCCUCUAUCGAAUUUUGUAAUCAAUUUAUUGGAAAUACGGACAACCAGUUCCGUCAAUGGUACUUCGAUGUAACCGAUAUAGCUCGGUCAUGCAAGGAUGAGCCCAAAUUGAGUCUCAACUUCGGGUCCGCUACCAAGAUCGUAAAAGAGAUAGCAGAAAAUGGCGACCCUCUCCUGAAUAGCGCCGAUGGCGCCCCAACCGAAGAAUUCUGCUGCAAAGAAUACAUGCGUAAGGAGCAGUCUGACUUUGGCUGGGAUUGGGCUCCAAAGAUAGCACCUGCUGGGAUCUGGCAGCCGGCACGGGUCGUACAGCUGGAUUCCGCUUCACCUGUAUAUGUUCGAAACGCCUUGAUUGAUAUCUUUCGAAAGGGUCAGAUGAAUAAUAUCCCACCGGAUCAGUCCCAGCCAUGGAUCUUCAAUGUGAGCCUUGAUUAUCUAGGCACCUUGCCUCGAGAAUCUUCACUGCAUGUCUUCUUAGAUGAUGCUCGCGGGAAAUUCAUAUUGGAUCGGCCCUUGGAAAAUACCUAUCAAUCUACGAACACGAUAGAGGGGAGUAUCACUAUUGACCCCAAGUUGGUUGACCUUUGGUGGCCGAUAGGAUUGGGGUCACAACCGCUCUACAAGGCCACUAUCAAGAUUCUUCAUGGCGAGAAAACCAUUUCAGAAAUUAAUCGCAGAGUUGGAUUCCGGACCGUGGUUCUGAAUCUGUUACCAGUGACAGAAGAACAACAGGCUCAGGGUAUUGCGCCUGGCUCGAACUUCCACUUCGAGGUGAAUGGCCAUGAAUUUUAUGCUAAGGGCUCAAAUCUUGUUCCGCCUGAUGUCUUCUGGCCAAGAGUGAACGAAACUAAGAUACGAAAUCUAUUCGAGGCCGUUGUUGUCGGGAAUCAAAAUAUGCUUCGAGUAUGGUCAUCUGGUGCCUAUCUUCCUAGCUGGAUCUAUGACAUUGCAGAUGAGAUGGGCAUCUUUUUGUGGUCUGAGUUUGAAUUCUCCGAUGCCGAAUACCCUGCCAAUUCCAGCUACCUGGCUCAAUAUGAAGAAGAGGCCACUUAUCAAGUUCGUCGCGUCAACCACCAUCCAAGUCUUGCCCUAUGGGUCGGCGGCAACGAGCUAGAGCAGAUCAUGCUGAGCUAUUUCUUUGAUCCCGAAAGUCCUGGGACCCUUCUCCGCGAAUACGAGCAUAUCUUUCUAGAAUUGCUAAUUGGGGCUGUUUACUCGAAUACAAAAUCAAUCGGCUAUAUUCCAUCGUCUACAUACAACGGAUUCUUGAGUUUGAACUUUAGCUCUACGAUGCCUCAGCUUCCACGGUAUCACAAUACAUCUGGACCAGGCUAUAUCUACGCAGAUACAGACACAUAUAACUAUGAUGCGAGCCAAGCCUUCAAUCUUAGCUCGUAUCCAAUUGGUCGAUUUGCUACUGAAUUCGGAUUCAUCUCCAUGCCCUCGGUUUAUUCUUGGAAGCAAGCCAUACCGUAUGACCAGCUUUUUAUGUCCUCGGACAUGGUGAUUCAUCACAAUCGCCAUUACCCCUUUGGAGGACCUGCCAAUGCUACUGAUCGAGAACUUUCGGUUCUAGGGCUCGAAGAGAUGACCGCUGCAGUACAAAAUUGUGCGUGGUGCUGGACAACUCAGGUCUUUCAAGCCGACUACUACACCUCCGAAUUGGCCUUCUACAGACGGGGUUCCGGGAUGCCACAGCGAAAUCUCGGGUCGCUGUAUUGGCAAUUGGAAGAUCUUUGGGCUGCACCUACAUGGUCCAGCAUCGAACCUGACGGUCGCUGGAAGGUUCUCUUUUAUCGUGCAAAGGACAUCUUCCAGCCCGUCAUCGGGCAUUCUUUCUAUAACUCGACCACGGGUGAUUUGGAAGCCUGGGUCAUGUCUGAUCUUUGGUCUCCAGUUAGUGGAACGGCCAAACUGAGCUGGAUGGAUUGGAGUGGGAAACCACUCUCUGGGUCGAACAAGCCUAUCUCCAAGACGAUUCCGUUCACUGUUGGAGCCAUCAACUCGACCCGUGUAUUCAAGACGAAUCUUCUGAGAGACUACAUUGAUCUUGAUUUUUCAAAUUCCCUCCUUCGCGUGGAUAUCUCUGGUGAUGGUGUCACGCCCAAUGAGUCCCAAAAGAAGACAUAUGAGCAUAUAUCUUUCUUCCAUCCAGAGUCCCUGGGAAAGGCGAAGAUUCAAGAUCCGAAAAUUCGAGUCUCUCAUUUUGCCGGGGCCCAUAACUUCCGUGUUGAAGCGAAGGGCGGAGUGGCUGCGUGGGUGUGGUUGGAUCAUCCACUCGGAGUGCAGGGCUAUUUCUCGGACAAUGGAUUCUGGCUGGCCCGGGGAAAGCAAGAAUGUCCAAUUUACAGUCAAGAAAGACUGGACAAACGGAGAAUGGGCGGAGGGUGUUCUAGUUAG